AUGAGCAGGUUACCUCCAGGUCUCCGCUUCUACCCCACGGAAGUAGAGCUGGUGACGUUCUACCUGCGGAACAAGCUGGCAGACCGGAGCCCGGAGAUAGAUCGCUUCAUCCCCGCUGUGGACGUUUACAGUUUUCAUCCCAUGGAGCUUCCUCGUGAGCAUCUCCUCCGGCUCUUUGCUCUUCUCUUGCUCACCACGGCUACACGUAAACAGUUGCAAUCCCCAGCGGUCCGCACAUCUUCUCUCUGUGAAGAUGAAAGGGUGCAAAUUGAAGUAAAAUAGAGGAAUUAGGUUUCUUCAGCGACUGACCAUGGAGAAACUGAUGGAGGAUAAGAAGUAUUAUAGAGGCCGAAACACCCAAUUUAUAACGUUAACUAGAAAUUUAGCUGUUUUGAGUACACAAGAACUUGGAUAGCUUACAUACCCCUUCCCGGCCUCUCACUCCAGCGUUACAAUGAGUUUGGAAAGAUCUAAAGUCACCCUUGUGGAUAGCAGUGAUUCCUCCUAAGCAACUGCAUCGAUUCGUGUUAUAUUUAUCUUCCUGCCUUCCAGAUCCCAUGUUAAAUAAUGGUCAUAUCUCAUAUCGUGCCCACUUUCUACCUUUCAUACUUGACUCCAUCUUAAGCGGCCAUGUGAUUCCUCGUGCAGCGAUCUCCGGAGAAGCAUCGAUCGGGGACCCGGAGCAGUGGUUCUUCUUCUGCCCUAGACAGGAGAGGGAGGCCCAGGGCGGGAGACCAACCCGCACCACUCGAUAUGGCUACUGGAAGGCCACCGGCUCCCCCACACAAGUGAUCCAUGAGGGCCGCCCUGUCGGCAGACGGACGACUAUGGUCUUCUACGAAGGAAGACCUCAAAGUGGACGCAAAACCUCCUGGAAAAUGAACGAGUAUACCGCAUACGAUGAGACGUCAGCUCCUGGUGCAACUCAAAGGGUGAAGUCCUACACCUUCACCUGGGAGGGGGAAGAGGGGCUAUAGUAGGGACCUUGUUGCAGCCCUCAUACUCUAUUGUUUUGUUUGAAUAACCUGCUUCAAUUAUCGUUUCAGGUGCGAAGGGAGUUCUGCCUAUGCCGAUUGUACAAGAAGACCGAGGGGCAGAGGUCGUUCGACCGGAGGCCCACCGUAGCGGCGCUCUCCAAGGAAGCCGGAGACAUGAACAUUGGCGUCUCCAAUACCCCUGCCGUCGGGAACCUGACAAGAACUGCGGCAGAAGAGGAGCUCUAUACUUCGUUUCCAAACGAGCAAGAACAAGCCUGGGCAGGGAUCCACGAUAUCACGGACGAAGAGUGGGACUUGAGUCUUUUGUUGGGAACCGAUCAUGAGUCCUGA